AUGAUGAACAGUAAUAACACCAACGGAAACAACGGUUUUCAAUCCUCUGCCAUUCAUACUCUUCAGAGUAUCAUUAAUAAUGGCAACAACAACAACAACACCAAUGUACCAUCACCAUCACGAAUGAAUAAUGCUCAUCAUCAUCAUCACGGUAACAACCACAUGAACAACAACAACUCUCAAGCCCCCAUCGGUAGUGAAAUUAAACGUACUACCACCCCUUCUAACAAUGAAUAUUUCGGCCUCUCCAUGCAAAGAGCUAUCAGUGCUCCUCCUAUCAUGACUGAACUUGACAGCAAUAAUAUUUUCGCUUCUCAAUCCAAAUAUUCUCACCUGUUUGGUGAUAUUCGUUGUGAGUCAGACUAUGCAAGUUUCUACAAUUCCUACUCGAACAAGGAUAAGUUACCAACGCCAUUGGAGAUGGCAAACUCGUUGUUUUUCAACUCUCCAGCAGCAUCCUAUGACAUGUUUGGAAAGAACAAUAGCAACCACAACAGCAACACGAAUCAUGGCUAUUCCUCGUCUUCGACCGCUCCAUCGGCCUCUUCCUCAGGUGCUGUUCAUCAUCAUCUUCACCAUGCCAAUAACUAUGUUUCUCAUCAUCAUCAGAUGCAGCCUCAUCCACAGGGAAGCUCCUCCUAUCCAAUCAUGCAUCCUCAGGCAUUUGGAAAUAAUGUUAACAGCAGUACAGGAAGCCCUGGACCCAAUAACAAUGGAAUGAUGAUGGCUAUGGAUUGGAAUAUGCAACAACAACAACAACCACAACAAGCAAAUCUACCUCCUCAACAUUUCAUGAAUGGAAUGACUUUUGAACAACAGCAACGACUCUUGCUUCAGAGCAAACAAAUGGAAGAGCUCAACAGACAGCAACAAAUGUUAGAAUAUAACAGACAAUUAUUGCAGCAGCAAAUGCAACAAAAUAGUACUACUGGCAGCAACAAUGUCUUAGUCAUUCAAAAGCCAACUCCUAUUGGUAUUGGAGGUGGAAGUGGAAACAACAGCCCAUUGAUCCAACAUCACCAUCUUGGUGGAAACAAUGUAAUCAUUUCAUCACCCACUCAAACUCUUCCAAACAUGAUGUUUAUGGGAGGAGGACCUUAUCAGCAACCACAACAAGUGCCCAACAAUGUUAUGAUGGUCGUGGAACCAUUAAGCAGCCCAACAACCAUUGGAGCCAGAUCGUCACCAAGUAGUAAUCAAGUGCAUGGUACAGGCACAACUAGUGCCACUUCAAUUCCGCCUGCUUUCAAUACGGUUGUUGCAAGCAAUUUAGUUCCUCCUGGUAGUGUCAAUAAUUCUCUUCACUCUCCAACCAUUGUGACUGCUUCUCCAAUGAGCAAUGGAACCGAUCACAGCACAACUACACCAAAAUCAAGCUCUCCAUCCGGAGGGGACUCAUCCGAUGAGUCAUCCUCUACGAGCAGCUCACCAGCCCUUUCCACUAAGAAGAACAAGUCUAAAAAGAGCGGACAAUCUGGUGGUCAUAACAGCGGAAAAGAGAAGGAGCUUUCUGAAGAAGAAAAGAAGACGAUGAAGUUGUCAAGCAUUCAAGACGCUGUUGGAAAAGUUUACAGUUUGGCAAAAGAUCAAUAUGGAUGUCGUUUCUUACAAAAGAAGCUCACAGAAAACGAUCAAAGUCUUCAAAUUAUUUUCGAUGAAAUUUAUGGCCAUAUUGUAGAAUUAAUGACAGACCCAUUUGGUAAUUAUUUGUGUCAAAAAUUGGUGGAACAUUGUUCAAACGAGCACAAGACACAAAUUAUCAAGGCAGUCUCAAAAGAUUUGAUUAACAUUUCAAUGAAUAUGCAUGGUACAAGAGCCGUUCAAAAGCUUAUUGAAUGUCUCAACGCACAAGAUCAAAUUUCUCAAAUCAUUGAAGCUCUCAAAGACUCUGUCGUUCCACUUAUUAAGGAUUUGAAUGGUAACCAUGUGAUUCAACGUUGUCUCCAGCAACUAUCAACAGACAAUAAGCAAUUUAUUUACACCGCCGUUGCAGGACGUUGUGUUGAAGUGGCAACACACAAACAUGGUUGCUGCGUGCUUCAGAGGUGUAUCGAUCAUGCUUCUGAUUCUCAAAAGAUGAUGCUCAUUAAGGAAGUGAUUACCCAUGCAUACACUCUCAUUCAGAAUCCUUUUGGAAAUUACGUGGUACAGUAUAUUUUAGAUUUGGGCGACGAUUCUGUCAAUGAAAAGAUUAUUGCCAGAUUUUAUGGACAUAUUACUUCUCUCUCUACAAACAAGUUCAGUUCCAACGUAGUUGAAAAGUGUCUCAGAAUUGGUAAUGAUAGGGUUAAAAACAUCAUGAUUGAGGAAAUUUUAGAGGACAAGAAUUUAUCUAUUUUACUGCAAGACUCUUUCGGUAAUUAUGUGGUUCAGACAGCAAUUUCCAUUUCUGAUCAUGACCAAUUUCAAAGAUUUAACACAGCUGUUAAGCCAUAUCUACCACUCAUUAAGAAUGCACCAUAUUACAAGAAGCUUGAAAGCAAGCUGAACAGAGCACCCAAGCAUCCAAGUUCACCAUCUCCAAAGACCAAGAACAAGUAG